CAUGUACUUGAAAUAUUUGAGAUCACCUCAUUGUAUUCAUAAGAUAUAUAGUACCAGUUGUACACGGAUUGUAGGUAUGCCUACAGUACGGAAAGUACAAACAGUAAGUGAAUGAAACGUGAUAACAGAGAUAUAUUAACGAAUGUCAGGUGGUGAUGCAAUUAAAUUUUGUGCUACAGAAUAGAUAAAUCUGUUUAACACUCCUCUCUUUGAAAGCAGAUAUUUUUAUUUCCAGCUACUCCGUAACAGUGGCACGUACCUUCCCACAUAGAUGUAACAUUAUUUCUCCAGUUUAGAUAAAAAUAUUCAAAUAAUAGUGGCGGUUGAUUUGGAGAUGAAUAAACAAGAAUUCUGUCUAUUUUUGUUUCGAUUAAAAGCAUACCUAAAUUAAGUAAAUAAAAGUAGCUGAUGUGACAUUAAUUAAAAAAAGAUAACUGAAAUGUAAAUGUCGACUAUGAUAAUAUUCGUCACGAUACGAUGAAUAUAUAAAUUGAAGUGCUAACAAAUCUAGGCAGAUGUUGGGUUCUUAGCCGUCAAGAAUCUAAUAUCACAGUAGAAGUCUGUCAAAGUGAGAAUAAGUUCAUUCGGAGCAGAAUUCGUUUACUAAAAGAUCGUGCAAAUAUCAGAUGGCUGCAUAAAGUGAUUUUUUGUUUGUGCAUUUGUUUGUGAUAGUAAUUAAAAUAGUCAAAAUAAUUUGAAUUAAAUCAAGAUGUUGAAGACAAAUAUCAUGACCCUAAAGGUGUUGAUCCUAUUUAUAAUCAGUAGUUUGUUACCAAAUCACUCACUUUGCAAAUCGUUCAUAAACAGAGUCAAAAGGACGGAAGAUAUGCAUUUUUGGCGAGAGCAGGGAGAAAACCAUUUAAAGAAAAUUUUAGCCACCUCCCUUGGCCCUAAAACCGAUGUACUUGCCAAAAACAUUAUUGUUUUUAUUGGCGAUGGUAUGGGUAUGACGACUAUUACAGCUGGAAGAAUCUACAAAGGACAAACCAAUGGGGGGUCAGGAGAGGAAGCUUCUUUAGUUUUUGAUGAUUUUCCAUACACUGGAUUAGCUAAGACCUAUAACGUUGACAAACAAGUUCCCGAUUCAGCCGGUACAGCCACAGCUAUUUUCUGUGGUGUUAAAACAAGGUACGGAGUACUAGGAAUGGACAAUACAACUCACCCUAAAAACUCUGAGAGAGGAAGGCUAACUUCGCUCUUGGACUGGGCGCAGAGUGUUGGCAAACGCACUGGAAUAGUUACUACUACUCGGAUAACGCACGCUACCCCAGCAUCGCUUUACUCAAAUAUUCACGACCGUGAUUGGGAAUGCGAUGGGGAGAUUCCUGAAGAAAGUACUGGUAUUUACAAAGAUAUUGGCAGACAGCUUGUGGAAGAUUUACCUGGCAGACGUUUAAACGUAAUAUUGGGAGGCGGAAAAUCCCCACUAGGCGCAAUUGAAGAAGAACCCCCAAAUGAAUUAUUCAAGGGUCCUUCGGAAAAUGUUUGUAGUAGACGCGAUGGGCGAAAUUUGACAGAUGAGUGGUUAGAUUUGAGCCCAAACAGAGUGCUCGCUUUGAACAAAAACGAUCUUCUCUCUAUGGACGCAAAGGAAACUGAUCAUCUUAUGGGAAUUUUCUCAAAUAAUCAUAUCACAUUUAAAGUUGGCCGGCAGGUAGACCGUGAACCUUCACUUCCAGUUAUGGUAGACAAAGCGCUCGACGUUCUGAUCCGACCAGAAUCAAGAGGAUUUGUUCUGGUAGUAGAAGGCGGGAGAAUAGAUCAAGCACAUCAUCAAAAUUACGCAAAGGCUGCUCUCGAAGAACUCCUAGAAAUGGAUGAGGCUAUUUCGUUAGCUAUGAAAAGAACAGAAUCUGACGAAACGUUAAUCGUUGUAACUGCUGAUCAUUCUCAUGCAAUGACUCUCAAUGGCUACCCGAAACGUGGGAACGAUAUCCUUGGCUUUGGCAACAAAGAUAAUGUUGUUCCUUACGAAACGAUAACAUAUGCAAAUGGUCCUGGAUUCCAUUAUCACAGAUUAGAUGGUUCAGCAAAUAAGUCGACAGGAAAUUUCGGAACUUGGGUUAGUGUACAAAAUAUUGAUGCGAAAGAAAGGGAUGCGCCGAACUAUCGGCACUUGGCUGCAUUUCCUUUGAAAGAUGAAACUCAUGGGGGUGAGGAUGUCCCAGUGUAUGCGUAUGGUCCUGGCGCCCACUUAAUUCGAGGAGUGUUUGAGCAAAAUUAUAUUGCUUAUGUUCUGAGCUAUGCAGGAUGCUUUGGUCCAACAAUGCAUCUGAACAAAUUGUGCAUAAAGCAAAUAAAAGAGGCUUCCUUUAAUGCAAGGUCUGGAAGUGAGAGUAUUCGUUCCUCAGAGACACUAAUGGCUGUGAUUAUUUCAUACAUAGUUUCCUAUCUAUUGUUUUAAGUAGAUAAAUUGCUUUAACUAUGGAGAUAUUAAAAUUAUAUUAUUGUUGGAAUUUAUUACUUGUAAGAUUUGUUAAAAUAAAAUUGUUGUUGAUCGAAGAAAGAC